GUUCAAGUAUGGGCCCACCGUCAAUGGUCCCUUUACCAAAUGCAAGCUCUUUCACAGAAGAGCUAGGACCAGGAAAGAAACGCAAGAAGAAGCCAAAACGAGCCAAACUUUGUGCUGCAUCACCUCAAGCGGUGUCUAUUACUGAUGGUGAAGAUCUUCUGAAGAGCUCCAUGUGCUCUCUCUGUCAGGCUGUGUUUGCCCGGUUCACUGACCUUCUGGCCCAUCAUAAGGCUGUCCACAACUCAGACACCAACCAUCCUCUUCGCUGCCGGGCCUGUGGACGGACACAGACCUCCGAAGCAGGACUAAUCUAUCAUCAGUUUCAAAGUGAGGAAAUGGUUCUGGUUCACAAAUGCAGUGGAUGUCCAAGAAAGAAGUAUGCUUGUGAAUUCUGUGAUCACUACCGCACAGAAUCUUCCAGCGAUCUGGAGAAGCACAUGCGUAUCCACACAAAUGAUAAAUGCUACGUCUGCAGAGUGUGUGGCUUCUCCACUGCCUGGAAGAAGAAUCUCAAGGAACAUAUGGUGAAGCACCUGGGACUGAAACCUUAUGUCUGCGACCUGUGUGGCUACAGCACCUCUGACAGGCAUAACUUGAGAGCUCACAGAGUCAAGCAUUAUCAGAAAGGAGAAGGAUGCGAGAAAUGUGGAGGGGAAUGUCACUGCAAGCCUCUGGCAAUCAAAAAGUUAAAGCUGAAUAAUCUAGGGGACAAUUCCGGUGGUUCUGUUGUAGUUGCGGGUGGCAAGGAGUUGGAGUGUCCCUUCCCACAGUGUGUCUAUCGCACAAAACUGGAGUACAUGAUGACUAACCAUAUGUUGCGACACCAGGGCAUGGUCGAGCAAAGCCUGGGAGCAUCUAGUGGUUCCAACGCCACCACUAGUGGAGGUAGCAAUCAUGGUGGAGGUGGUGGAGGAGGUAAUAGUGGUGGAGGCAGCUAUUCUGGUAAUGGCCACAGCAACCAGGAUCAGAACAAAACCUCUCACCAUCGAGGUCAGGGGGUGAUGGCAAAUAGCACGGGAGGACAGUACGGUAGCGCUGGUGGGGGACACAGUGCAGCCUCUCCUGCUUCAUCAAUAUCCUCGUCCUCCUCUAUCCCUUCAGCUUCUUCAAUGUCAAACAAUCAAAAUGGGCCCCCGACCCUGAUUUCUUCUGCAGCCAAUCAGAUUCCACUAGAAUGGAAGACAAUAGGCCAGCCACCUCCUCAUGGUGUUCAUGGUGUUCUGUCCUCUCCCUCUCAUUUCUCUCCUCUUUUACACCAUCAGCAGAGUCCACUGAGCCACCAGACAAUGACCUCUUGGGCAUCUUCUCUGUCACCACCCACUGUCCCACCUGGCUUACUUAGUAACCGGGUCAGUGUCCCAAUGUCAGGACAGAACAUGGUGGCUCGACCUAUGCCAGUCUUCCCAAAUAUGCCAAAUUAA